CUCCUUCCCGCUCCAUUCCCGCUCCGUCCCUGUCCCGUUCCCGGUGUAUCCCCGCUCCGGGCGGGAUGAGCCCCUGGCAGCAGCGGCCGCCCAACGGCAGCGCGGCGGGCGGGCUGGGCCCGCGGGGGAACGGCACGGGCCGGGGCGGCGCCGUGUCCGCGGCCAUCCCGCUGAGCAUGAUGCUGGCCGGCAUGGCGGGCAACGCGCUGGCCAUGCUGCUCGUGUCCCGCAGCUACCGCGCCAAGGGCAGCCGCAGGAAGCGCUCCUUCCUGCUGUGCAUCGGCUCCCUGGCGCUCACCGACAUGCUGGGCCAGCUGCUCACCAGCCCCAUCGUCAUCUCCGUCUACCUGUCGGGCCGGCCCUGGGCCGCCAUGGACCCCUCGGGCCGCGUCUGCGACUUCUUCGGCUUCAGCAUGACGGUGUUCGGGCUGUGCCCGCUGCUGAUCGCCAGCGCCAUGGCGGUGGAGCGGGCGCUGGCCAUCCGCGCCCCGCACUGGUACGCCAGCCACAUGAGCCCGCGGGCGGCGCGGCGCGGCCUGCUCGCCAUCUGGGCGCUCGGCGUGGCCUUCGCGCUGCUGCCGCUGGCCGGGCUGGGCCGCUACGCGCUGCAGUGGCCCGGCACCUGGUGCUUCAUCAGCACGGCCGGCGGCAGCGCCUUCGCCGCCGCCUUCGCCGCGCUGGGGCUGCUGUCCCUGGCGGUGACCGGCGCCGGUAACCUGGCCACCAUCCAGGCGCUGCUGGCCCGCUGCCGGGCCAAGGCCCGCGCCGCGCAGCCCGGCCGCCGCUGGGGCCGCAUCGCCACCGAGACGCUGCUGCAGCUGCUGGGCAUCAUGUGCGUGCUGGCCGCCUGCUGGUCACCGCUCCUGAUCUCCAUGCUGAGGAUGGUGGUGGAGCAGGCGGCCGGGCCGAGCCGGGGCAACGCGCGGCGCUGGGAGCAGCAGGAGCAGCAGGAGCAGCAGGAGCAGCAGGAGUGGCAGCAGGAGCAGCAGGAGUGGCACCAGGAGCAGCAGGAGUGGCAGCAGCAGGAGUGUGACCUGUCCCUGACCGCUGUCCGCCUGGCCUCCCUCAACCAGAUCCUGGACCCCUGGGUGUACCUGCUGCUGCGCAGGAUCCUGCUGCAGCACCUCUGCCAGGCUGCCAGCGCCCUCUGCAAGGGCUCCAGCAGGGACAGGGAUGGGGACAGGGACAGGGACAUCACCCUGACCCACCAGACCCACCUCUGCCAGGCUGCCAGCGCCCUCUGCAAGGGCUCCAGCAGGGACAGGGAUGGGGACAGGGACAGGGACAGGGACAUCACCCUGUCCCACCAGAUCCCCCAGACUGCAGCCUGAGGUGACCCCACAAUGGCCUCAGGACACGUUGCCACAGCUCCAGGAGCCAGGAGACCCUCCUGGGGAUCUGCCCCAUGCUGGCACCCCUCACUGUGUCACUGCUGUGCCCAGAGUGCCACGUUGUUCCUGCAGGGUGCCACGGGCUGGGAUGCAGCAGGGCAGGGCAGGGCACUCAGGGGCAUCAGGGCUGAGCUGCACCACGGGCUGGGGACAGUCCAUGGUCACUGCAGAGUGGGAUCAGGACAUUCCAUGGUCACUGCAAACAGGAUCAGGACAGUCCAUGGUCACUGCAGAGUGGGAUCAGGACAUUCCAUGGUCACUGCAAACAGGAUCAGGACAGUCCAUGGUCACUGCAGAGUGGGAUCAGGACAUUCCAUGGUCACUGCAAACAGGAUCAGGACAGUCCAUGGUCACUGCAGAGUGGGAUCAGGACAUUCCAUGGUCACUGCAAACAGGAUCAGGACAGUCCAUGGUCACUGUUACUUGUGGCUGAGAUGCAGAAUGGAUCAGGACAUGCCAUGGUCACUGCAGAGUGGGAUCAGGACAGUCCAUGGUCACUGCAAACAGGAUCAGGACAGUCCAUGGUCACUGUUACUUGUGGCUGAGAUGCAGAAUGGAUCAGGACAUUCCAUGGUCACUGCAGAAUGGGAUCAGGACACUCCAUGGUCACUGUUACUUGUGGCUGAGAUGCAGAAUGGGAUCAGGACAGUCCAUGGGCACUGCAAACAGGAUGAGACAUUCCAUGGUCACUGUCACUCAUGGCUGAGAUACACCCUGGGAGUUCUCAUGGACCUAAAGAAGAGCCUGAGGGGGCUUCCCUUGCUUUUAAGCUGGAUAAAAAAGGUUUUCCUGACAGCCAACGUCCUACAGAUGGAUUUACAGAAGGGACUCACUCCUGAGAAUGUUUAAUUACCAACAUUAUCUCCUUCCUCCUUUUUUUCUGGAGGAGCAUGGGGACAAAGGGAGAGAAAACAGGAAUAAGGAAAAAAAUUAAAUGUGAUUGGAUUUCAGUGUCUUAAAGCUGAGCAGGGGUUGUGGCAGUGAUGGGACAUCCAUCUCCAAGAGCUGAAGGCAGCAGGAGGAGGAUGCAGCCCUGGGGAAGGCAGGAACCCCUGGUUUGUCCUGUGGGAGGCCAGGCAGGCUGGAAUUGCUGCUUGAACAGCACCCACAGAGCUCUGGGGCAGAUGGAGGGGGAGGAAGGGGCUGGAGAAGGGACAUCUCCUAAAGCAGGCUGGCAGAGGCAGAGCCCUGCUGCCACAGGAGCUGUGUCCUGGCUUUGUGGGCAGCUCAGGAGCUCCUCGUUCCUCCAGAGCAUCCCAAGCACUCCAGCCCUUCCUCCAGCAGCUCUGGGAGUUCCUGACCUUCAGCUGGCUGAAGCAGUGGGUGAAUUUGUCAGGUCUCUUCCCAAAGAAACUUCCAUCAUUCAGUUACAAACUCACUUCCAAUCCACUUGUGCCACAUCUGAGGUUUGUUUUGUAAAAAGUUGUGCCUUAAGGCAUUUUCUUCACCCUUUUGGAGCUGACAGCCUCUCAUGUCUCCUGUUUUGUGGGGUGGAAUUAAAUGCAAAUAUAAUAAAAUAAGCUGGUAUUCCAUGUGCCAGGUGCUGUGGGAUUCAGGGGUCUUACAGACAAAUGAAAUCCUGCAUCUGUGAGGAAUUUCUUGCACUAAACCUUUGCUUUUACUCUUUUUACUUUGUUUAUAAAAGUAACUCCUCAGCAAAGAAUCCGUGUCUGCAUUCUCUGGUUCUUGUCCACAUCAAUCUGAUUUUAUCCAGGUGAUAAAGUCUAGCCUAAAAGUCAAAGUUCAGCUUUAACUGAAGACCCAG